AUGGUCCGCAUCAAGGAGAGAUACCUGCUCGUCAACAUUCUUUACCCGCCGGAUCCCCCAAAGACUACCAAAACCUCUGUGCCCGACUCUGUCGUUCAGCAUCAACCUACCGUCGAGAAGCUGACGCCGGCGGCGCUCCUCAAGGCCAUCAGAGCAGAGGUCGCAGCCCUGUUUGGCGACUACGGAUUGGGGGCCCUCGAAGGCCACCUAUCAGUCAAAUAUCUGUCCUUGGCCACCUCAACCUUUAUCCUCCGAUGCGCCAGGGCACAUUAUCAGAUGCUCUGGGCAGCCCUCUUCCUCAUGGAUCGCGUCCCCGCUAAGGGCGGGCGACCUUGCAUCUUCCGCGUCGUCCGCGUCAGCGGCACCAUGCGCAAGGCCGAGGAAGAAGCCAUUCGCCAGGCCAGGGGGCUCAUUCUGGCUGCCAAGCAAGAAGCUUCGUCGGCCCCGGCUCACCCGACCGCUGCCGACCAAGACGUGAGGGGUUCCUUCGCGCUCGACACCACCGACAGUGCCAGCGACGAUGCCGCCAUGGACCAAGAUGACGGCUGA